CAUGUCCCCGGAGGAGGAGGAGGAGGAUGGAGAAGAAGGCUGCGGCGCUGACUGACAAGAGGCGUGAGUGAGUGCUGGAGCUUGAGACCUUCAGCUCCUGCAGGGAGAACCCAUGGAGUCAGAUAUCAUGCGCUUGCACACCUCCUCGCCUCCUCCUGCUGUGGAUGAUGAAGAAGAUGACGAUGCCGAUGGAGAGAUGAGAUCAGGGGAAGAGGAGGAGUUCGGGAACUUUCGCACUGGGAUUUCCUGCUCCCCUAUCGGCUUUGCUGAUUCUUCUGAGUUGCCUUCAAGUUUCAGAUCACCUCCUCCGAACAUAAAGCCAGCCACCCAUCAACCAAGCUGCAGCUUCGAUCAGCCAGUCGAACAAUCUCAACCAACGUCCACUGUGAUGUUCGAGUGCGGCAGAGGUCAGAUGGACAGGCAGGACGGUGACGCCGAGUCUUCGUUGCGUCUCACAAAUGGACAUGCAGAGAGACGCUCUGUGGCCCAUUCUGCUGCUGGUGCUUGCUCUCCCCAAGAGGAAACAGGGUUUGCAGAUUUUACAGUGUUCACGGACCAGACGGCUCACCCCUGGUGCUGCGGCUUCUCCCCCGUGAGCAGCUCAGAAAAGUGGGACAGCAGACUGAACGGAGGCACAAACAUCAGUUCAGGAAAACAAAUCAGUGAUUCGGGCCGCGAGGUUAUAAUGAAGUUCGAGCCCGGAUCUGUUUGUGCACAUAAGACUAAAGAAAACCUCGUCACUAAAUUAAAGCACUGUGAAUGUAGAGAUGCAGCACUUGUGCUGUCAUCUCAGGAUGACUUUGUGCUUCUGGAAGCUGCAGAACCUUUUGAUUUUCCCUCUGAUAUGAAGGAAUGGGACGGGGAUACUCAGAGGGAAGAUCAGGAAAACGGCGUUUCUGCUAUUCCAAAAACAUUCAUGAGUGAGGCUGCCUCGGAGGACCUCCCGUCGUUCUCUGAUGACUUGUCGUUUGAGGGCGCGUCGACGGCUGACUUGGAACCAAAUGUUUCAUCCCUCAUUUCGCAGGAUGAUUCCACAGAUUGGGACCGGACCGACGACGAAGUGGAGGAGCUGGAAGACUUCAUACACUCGAGUAGAGCAAGCCUCAGCCCGCAUGAGUCCGAGGAGGGUUUUCAUCACCGCAAGCAACACGCCACUCAGGAAACCUCUGCUACCUCCAGCCAGCCACAAUCAGAAGCGGACCCAGGCGACAGGUUUGCUGACUUCACUGAUGGAAGUUCGGAGCGCCGCGGGGACCGAGACCACGCCCGGCCGGCCGACGCAGGCGUGCUGAGCCUGGGAAACCUCCCGCCGAGUGACAGCUUUGCUGAUUUCUGCUCGGCGCCCACGCAGGAGGACGCCACGGGGUCGUGGGCUCAGUUCAAGGACCAGACUGAAGAGGUGGAGGGAAAGACUUGGACUCAGUUCAGAGAGUCGGUCAGCAGCCCGCAGACUGAUGUGGACGCUGAGGAGCAGGCUUCCCGUGUCCAGCAGCUCCUGGAGACCAGUUUCCCGCAGGUCGGGGUCCCAGCUGUGGAAGGUGAGGAGGAGCUGCUCAGCCUCGGUGCUUUGCUCCAGAAACAACACCCCCCUGAGAGCGAGGAGGAAAUAUCACAACUCAGUGGUGCUCGGAGGAUCCAGCAGGAGAUGCUGCGCUCACACCAGGACGUUCACGGUGCCGUCGGCCUCCGGUUCCAGUGGGGCGGGUCUCACGUCAACAGCACUUUGCUCAGUUGCCUUGGCGUGGACACCAGGAACAUUGUGUUCAUGGGGACAAAGAAGCAACCAGUGACUGUGCCUGCUUUUGCCUCUGGCCUGGGAUUGCUGGAGCCCACCAAAGACCCUGCACCAGCUGCUUCUUCUCCAGGACGCAGAGUGGUCACAACAGGGGCUCCUCCGGGACCCCGAGACCUCUCAGCUCAUCCAGCACAGGAGUUUCCUUCCAGACAGCCGGACUGGAGCAGCCGUGGCCUUAGCAGCUCUCAGGACGGUACGUCCCCCCGCAGAGCCCCUCACUUCUGGGGCCGGAAGUAAAGCGCCAGCCCCCCGACACGGCUUCUGCUAAUGAGCUGAAAACAUUUUCAGAGUUCACUCUGGGAUUUUCACUUCCUCCGGGGCAUGUUCCGCUUCUCUGAUUUCACGCCGUGUUUCCCCUCCCCGCUCACUCGGCAAGUAGCGGCUAACCACAACUCUGAAACAGUAUUCAGUAGUUUUUUUGGGGUUUUUUUCUUUUCUUUUUUCAAGCAGAUAAAAAAUAAAUAAAUAAGAAGAGCCUGGGACUUAAAAUGAGAUGAAUGUGCAACCAAACCAAAAACAUUCUGAAUCUAUGAAUCAGUGACAGUAGUUUAAGAUCUGUCGCUGGGGAAACACUGUGCUCGUCUUCAUUUUCUCUCUUUUUUUUGUCUCCUGUAGUGUCUGAUCUUAACCUGCUGUCGCCUUUUAGAAAGAAUUUAUCUCAGUAUUUAUCAGCCUCACUCAUACCGUAGAAACUGGAGGGUCUUCUGGAGGUCCCACCUGAUUAUGUGCACAGAGUUACGCUGCUUUUAAGGUUUUGAAGCCUUUAUCUUGUCUCUUUUAGUGAAGUUUAUUUUCUAAACAUGUAGAUUUGAUCUAUUUAAAAAGACAGUUUUUUUUUCUUCCAUUAACAGCAGUCAGAACAUGUGCCAUGCUGGUUAAAAUGCCCAAACAUCUAUUUCCAUUUCAUAAACCGGCAGUCGCUACACUGUUAACUGUCUCAGUGUUAAUAAUGUGUAGCCUUUUCAGAUGGCAUGGCUGUUCCUGGCCAUUAAGUUUCUACUCUAAGUAUUGCACUUUGAUUUUUUUCAUUUCACUUUGUUUUUUUGGGGGUGAAUAAUUGUUUCUAGGUCUUUGGCAGGGUUGCCAGGUCUGAGAGCCAAAACCAGCCUAAUAGCCACUUAAAACCAGCUCUUUUCUGUAUUUCCUCGCAUAACUAGGCUCUGCUCCUUUCUCGUGUCGUGAGCUUGCCAUUCGUAGCGGGACGCUGUUGCAUGUUAAACGUUGAGUUACUGUGUGUGAUUGAGGGUUUCAUGUGUGUAUGUGUUAGUCUGGCCCAAAGUCAGUUUGAUAAGAUGUCAAACUUCCAUUCCAGAUAUCCACCCCUCUUAUUAUCCGUCGGUAUCGUUCAUGUACGUCACAUACAAAAUCUGUUUUUUAUGAAUUAUCUGUAUUCUGUGGUGAAUCUGCAGACUUGGCAACCCUGGCCUCUAAUUCAGUUGACUAAUCAAAUCAAAUAUUGUAAACAAAAAGAAUGUCCUGAAUUUUUUUUUUUUUUACUUGUUUGCUCAGGAAAUCUUUGCAGAUUUACGUUUCUGUGUGGGCACAGCAGCAUUUAUUUCCAGCAUUCACAAAAUCAGCAUUAAUGCAGUGCUUACACAAUGAGCAUUUUAAAGUGUUGUUCAGCGAAUUGCACAUUCUGCUUUCACGUUUAAAUCGCUACGAUACGAUUUGUUAUAGUUGGUAUUAAAAUGUUAUCUCAUGAAUUAAUAAAAAAAAAUUUGCUUAAAUUGUAAUAUUCCCAUCAGAUAAACUUUGCCACUCAAGUAAAUCUGCUGCAUGUUCUUGAAGUGAAAAAAAAAGAAGGAAGCACUAAGAUGAAUACUUAUAUUUAUUAGAAAUGUGGCUUUACUAAUUAACGGAACCAGCGAUCGCUGUAGUGACAGAAAUAAAACUCAAGGUUUGGGUUUGUAGCAUGAAACCUAAAACAGCCCUUUGAAUGGAGCAUUCCAUGAACAUUUCCAGUUUGAUUACCCAGGUGAAACCUGAAGGCUUUCAGUCUGUGUUUGGAGAAAUUUAAACAAGGUUUUUAAAGCCUUUAUGCUUGUUCUCCACCUCGAUAUUUCAUUGUUUUCAUUGGUCCUGGCAAUUAUCAAACAUUAUUUACCUGCAUUGGAUUGAUACAGUCAAGAGAUGUAGGCUGCCUCUCUGUAUUUUAUUGGAGUAGACGGUGUUAUAAUGAUAUAUUGUGAGCAGCAGGGGCAGCGUGACGUCUGUAUGUCGCGCUGAGUGCAGAAAAAAGUUAAAUUACACUAGCGGUUUUCAAAGAAAGAAUAAAAUAACAGUAAUACAAAUUAUUCAUCUUUAAAAUGUGUUUGUCUAAAUCAUGUUAGGAUUUAGGUUUUUGUCAACCAUAUGUAUUUUUGGGGCUUUAAUUCUGUUUAAUUAUUUUCAGGCUCUUAAAAUGAUGGAUAUCAAACAUGAAAGUUAAACACUAUAGCUGUGCUUUCUUCUGGUACUUGAUGCUGUCUGACAUUUGCUGCAAAUGUAUGAAGCACUGAAAAAGUACCAAAUCCUAAAGAGAGAGCAGCCGUAAACAUUUAUUUUCAUCUUUUUAUUUCCACUCAAAUAUAUUCCCAUAACUUUUCUGUAAGUGCAGAUACCGUUGUUUUGUUUUGUGCCUUUCCCUGCUCGCAGUCGUUUUCUAAGAGGUGCUGAACUUUUGACGUAUACUUUAUCAACAGAAAUCUUUUUUUUUUUUUUUGGGAUGAAUUUUUCCAGCUGUAUUUGCUCAACUUGAGAAUCAGUGCACUGCAAUAAGGAAUUGUGGGAAAUCCUUGUAAAUACUGAAAUAAAUUGUUGGAUCCUU